AUGGAAAAUCUUUCGAUCAGAGGACAACCUAUUGAGGUCAUUUGUGGACCCUUAUUACGAUAUAUAGAAAUUGAUUAUAAUCGACGUUUAUGGCGCGGUUCAUGUUUGAUUGUUAUCAAUUCCUCUCGCCCACCUUCCCUCACACUACAGAUGAUGAAUUCAUCCGGUCAUACGCAAAUGAUAAAGCCAGCCAAGAUAGAAGUGAUUGAUGUCUUUCGAAACCAGAUAGAUGGUGAUGGCCUUUCACAAGACACUUUUAGACACUUUGAAUUCCAUGUACCAGCCAUCCAAGACUCCAUGCGAUUCAUGUUUUAUUCAUGUAGUGGAUUUUCAGAUAUCCCACAGGAAAUAAAAGAUAAAUUUAAUGAAAAGGAAGCACCUCUAUGGCAGGAUGUGUUGGAUAGACAUGAAGUGAUGCCAUUUCAUGUCAUGUUAGGAGGAGGUGAUCAACUCUAUCAAGAUAGAUUAAUUCAUGAAGAUUUCAUGAAACCAUGGUUAGCUGAAAAGAAUCCUACUAAAAGACUUCAAAUGAAGCUUCCACAAUCUAUGAAGGAUGGAUUUGAAUUUUUUUAUUUUUGGAAUUAUGUGAAAAAUUUUGGAUUUAAAGAAAGUCCUGUACAGGCUCAAGCCUAUGCUUCUAUUCCGUCCAUUAAUAUGUGGGAUGAUCAUGAUAUUAUUGAUGGUUAUGGCUCUUAUCCGGCUGAUAUGCAAUCAGCAGAUUGUUUUCAAGUACUUUUUGCAAAUGCUUCUCGCUUUUAUUAUGCAUUUCAGCAACAUACAACAAUGGAACGCGCAGAAAAAGAUGGCAUGAUUCGAGGCUCAUUGCCUUCCUGUAAUCAUAUUCUUACUACCUUAGGACCUGAUAUCGGAUUCCUUGCAUUGGAUGCGCGAGGAGAACGUACGAAAUAUGAAAUUUGUAGCCAAAAAUCAUAUCAAAUCCUGUUUCAUGAAAUCUAUAGACGCACACCGCCCACUAUUAAACAUUUCAUGGUUUUGACAGGUGUUCCGUUAGUUUAUCCACGACUUACGUUAUUUGAAAAAGCAAUGGAGAGCGCAGCUAAUUUUAAUUUAGCUACUUUAGCGGGUAAAACGGGUUCUUUAGGUGACAUUAUCAAUGGUCAAUUGAAUGAAUGGAAUGGAGAUCCUGAAUUAUUAGAUGAUAUGAAUGACCAUUGGACAGCAGGCAAUCAUGAAUUAGAAAGAAAAGAAUUUAUAAAAAGAUUACAAACGUUUGCAAAGGAUACAUCUGUAAGAGUAUCAUUUUUAGGUGGUGAUGUACAUUGCUGUGCUACAGGUAGAUUAUAUUCAAAAGAUAUGAAAAAUAAAGAAGAAGGGGACCCCUACUUGAUGGUUCAAAUUGUUUCUAGUGCUAUCGUUAAUGUGCCACCACCUCAAGUGCUCUUGACCAUCUUGAAUCAAAAUUCAUCUUAUGUUACCUUUGAUGAAAAUAUUGAAGAAAAAAUGUACAAUCUUUUUAAAUUUUCGCCUAAUGGUAAUUCUAGAAAAAACAAAAAGUUAAUGGGAAUGCGUAAUUAUUGUGCAGGAUAUUAUAAUGAGAAUACGGGUAGCAUCCAUUUCUGGAUUCAAGCAGAAGCAGAAGUAGGCGUUAAAGGAACUAGAGGUUAUUUGGUAGAAGUACCAAAACUUGUAUUUGGUCAAGUAGGUGCAAAGCUUCAUACACAAAAUCAUAAACAACAUCUACUCUCUACCUCUAAUAAUAGCAUUCAUCCUUCAAAUGUAUAUACUUCUUCUUCACAACAGCUACAACAACAACAUCAUCAACAAAAUCCACAACAACAGCAACAGCAACAGCAACAGCAACAGCAACAGCAGCAGCAACAUAUAGGACCAGGAGGAUUUGUUAAACCUCCCUCUCAACAUUAAUUAUUAUUAUUGUGAUUAUUUGAUACGCUUUACACUAUAAAUUACUUGUCUAAUCAUACAUAUUCAUAUAUAAUCGCUUUAUAAUAAACUAUGUAAUAUAUAAAAAAAAUUAUGCAACAAGGUAAUACAUUUAUAGGAGAAGUUAAAAGGCUAUGAAAUUAUUA